AUGACCGUGGUGGGAGGCGGCGGCGGUGGAGACCCUUUGCUGGAAGAAGCCCAACAGCCUCCGGCGCUGCUCGGGGGGGAGCGCUACGACCACCCCGCGAGCGGCGCCGCCGUCCCCCCCGGGGGACCCCGGGGGAACGAGUGCUGCGAGAGGGUGGUCAUCAACAUCUCCGGCCUGAGGUUUGAGACGCAGCUCAAGACCCUGGCACAGUUCCCCGAAACGCUGCUGGGGGACCCCAGGAAGAGGAUGAGAUACUUUGACCCCCUGCGCAACGAGUACUUCUUCGACCGCAACCGACCGAGCUUCGACGCCAUCCUCUACUACUACCAGUCUGGGGGGAGAAUCCGGCGUCCCGUCAACGUCCCCAUCGACAUCUUCACCGAGGAGAUUCGUUUCUACCAGCUGGGGGAGGAGGCCAUGGAGAAGUUUCGGGAGGAUGAGGGGUUUAUCCGUGAGGAGCAGCGACCGCUCCCCGAUAAGGAGUUUCAGCGCCAAGUGUGGCUCCUCUUUGAGUACCCCGAGAGCUCUGGGCCGGCACGAGGCAUCGCCAUCGUCUCCGUGCUGGUUAUCCUUAUCUCUAUUGUCAUCUUCUGUCUGGAGACUCUGCCGGAAUUCAGGGAUGACCACGAUUAUGAGGGAACUGGGGUGACCUUUGGGAUGGGGGGUGGACCUCUCCCAGCUGAUGUCUACACCAACUCCUCGUCCUCGGCUGCUUCCAUGGUGUCGUCCUUCACCGACCCUUUCUUUGUGGUGGAGACUUUGUGCAUCAUCUGGUUCUCCUUUGAGCUGCUGGUUCGCUUCUUUGCCUGCCCCAGCAAGGCCACUUUCUCCAAGAACAUCAUGAACAUCAUUGACAUUGUGGCCAUCAUUCCCUACUUCAUCACCUUAGGCACAGAGCUGGCUGAGAGGCAAGGCAACGGCCAGCAAGCCAUGUCCUUGGCCAUCCUCAGAGUCAUCCGCCUCGUCAGGGUCUUCAGGAUCUUCAAGCUCUCCAGGCACUCCAAGGGGCUGCAGAUCUUGGGGCAGACCCUCAAGGCCAGCAUGAGGGAGCUGGGUUUGCUCAUCUUCUUCCUCUUCAUCGGCGUCAUCCUCUUCUCCAGCGCCGUCUACUUCGCUGAAGCUGAUGACCCCAGUUCAGGUUUCAGCAGCAUCCCCGAUGCCUUCUGGUGGGCUGUGGUGACCAUGACCACAGUGGGCUAUGGGGACAUGCACCCCAUCACCAUUGGGGGCAAGAUUGUGGGGUCUCUCUGUGCCAUCGCUGGGGUGUUGACCAUUGCCCUCCCUGUGCCUGUGAUAGUCUCCAAUUUCAACUACUUCUACCACCGGGAGACAGAAGGUGAGGAACAAGCCCAGUACAUGCACGUUGGGAGCUGCCAGCACCUCUCAUCCAGCGAGGAGAUGAAGAAAGCUCGCAGCAAUUCCACCCUCAGCAAGUCUGAGUACAUGGUGAUCGAGGAAGGAGGAAUCAACCACAGUGCAUUCAAACAGGCUGCCUUCAAAGCAGCCAACUGCACAACCACAAACAAUCCCAACUGUGUGAACAGCAAAAAGAUCUUUACAGAUGUCUAA